AGGUGAACAAAGAUGAUUCAGGGACUGGAACUUACAAGGGUCUUACAAGUAAAGGCUGAGGGAGCUGAGCCUGUUCAGGCUUGAGACAACUGGGAGGGGACCUCAUGAAGGUCUGUCAGUAUCUGCAGGAGGGAUGCCAAGAGGAUGGACCAGGCUAUGCUUCAUGCUCUGCUGAGCAAUAGGACAAGAGGCAACAGAAGAAACUGAUGCACAGGAAGUUCCACCUGAAUAUGAGGAAGAACUUCUUUACUGUGCAGUGACCACACACUGAAACUGAUAGUCCAAAGAGAUUGUGGCCUCCCUCACUGAGAUAUUCACGGACCAUCUGGGCACAAUACAGUGCCAUGUGCUCUGGGACAACGCGGCGUAAGCAGGGAGCUCGGACCAGAUGACCCACUGUGGUCCCUUCCAACCCUAACCAUUCUGUGAUGCUGUGAAAGAAGAAAACCUGAUCGCUGCAGUUAAAAUGAACGUGUUGCCUCAAGCGGUCCUCCAAAGCCCAGGGGAACAUCCCAAGUUCGUGGAGCAGCCUCUUUGCCCCCCAUUAGACUUUGCAAGGAUUCAUUUGAUCAAAGACAAAGAUGCCAUAGAUGAUUAUUUGGCAAAGAAUAUCAAAGGAGUGUCAACACAAGAAGCUGCUGCUUACAGGAAUUCAUACAAGAAGAACAUCUGCAUAGACAUGCUGCGCCGGGGUUAUCACAAGUCCUUCACUGAGCUCCUCACUCUGAUCCAGAAGUGGAAUGCCUUCAGGGAGGCUGCAGGGCCUGGGUCAGCCAUAUGGCAUGAGAAGUCCCUGGAGGAGCAGCCUGAUAAGCUGGAUCAGCUUUACCACUUCCUGACCGGGGCUGAGGCAGCCCAGCGAGCAGGGCACUAUGAGAAGGCAUAUGAUAACCAACUUAGCUUGGCCUGCUUUUUCAAUGACCCUGAGGACAAAUGGUUAAGUAACUACUUUUAUGAGCAAAGCUAUAACACUGCUCAAUUAGUAGAAAUUGAUGGCGGGAAGAGAAAGGCACAAGCAUAUUUAAACAUGGGCCUCAUCAAAGAGGAAGAAGGUCAUGUCAUGGAAGCUGCUGAGCAUUUUGAAACAUUUUAUCAGCUAACAGAGGGCUCAUCAUGGAAGGAUGAGACAGGCCGCACCUACACUUCACUGGCAUGUCAGCAUCUCUGGAGAAUUUAUACAUUGCUAGCAGACAAAAUGCUGGAAAAUAAAGAACACCAAGAGGCCAUCAAAAUGCUAAUAAAAGCUUUAAAAAUGGCAAAAGAAGGAGGUGAUAUAAAGAUGCAUGGAGAAGCAGCCUAUUGCUUAAGUCUAGCAUAUCAUUUUUCUGGAGAACAUGAGACAGCAUUAGCAGUUUUGAACACCUCUGUAGAAAUCUUCACAACUCUUUGUGAUUCUUCUGGCCUGGGCAGAGCAUAUGCAGCUGUAGCCAAGAUCCUGGCAAGUCAGGGAAAAUCAAAUGAGGCUGUGAAGUACUUGGGAGAGUUUAUGAAGGAUGCUGAGAGCGCUAAUCUGAGCCAAAGCCUGGUGGAUGCAAAUGUCCUACUUGGAAAAGUUCACAAUGAAAGAGGGAACUAUAACAAAGCUCUGGAAUAUUUCAUUCAGGCCUCUGAGGCAGCAAGAGCUUUGAACAAUUUGCCCUUGGUGGCUGAAACAGAGAGUUACUGUGGCAUCGCCAAGGCUCAUCAGCUGAUGGUGGCGUUCAACAGCCACGUAGCAGCAGCAGCCGAUCCCCUCAGCCUGCAGUGCCUGCUGGCAUGGAAGCAAAACAGAAGUGACAUGUGCACUGACCCUCUUCCAGCCGCUCCUCAGAUUGGCCAAGAGCGAGUUUGGCUUCUACCACAAGAGUAAGCAGACACCCUUUGCUCAGAAGUUUGCUUUAUCAGCAGGUUCCCCCAGGACUUGUCCUGUCUUUAGGAGACAGCAAAUACACAAAAGACAUGGUGUCAUAUUUUGGCCUUAAGAAAAUCCCUGGUUUUCUAUCUACAGUCGACAAUUUGACCUGAUAGACCUGUUAUUUAAAAUUGAUAUUCAACAAAUGGUUUGUGCAAAAGAUGUCACAGAUGAAUGUAUAUCAAUGCACAGAACUGAAAAAUGUAAGAUCAAGAGAGAAUAUGGAACCUGGUAAAGAGACAAGUGUCUCAAAGCCUCUGUGAGCCUCUGUCCAAGACACCAGUUCAAGACCUUCCUGAGGAUGCCUGCUUAUUGACGGAGAAGCUGAUGUAUAAUGAGUACAAGAAAAUCCUUGAAGAGUGGUGCAACAAAGUAGGAAUUUCAGCAAAGGUUUUGUCAUUAAAAUGCUAUUAUCAAAAAAAGCAUCUGUCAUUUAAAUAAUUUUUUUUAAAAAGACAAAGAGUAGUAGAAUAGAAAGUUUUUACUUUGUGCACCCAUUUCUUAAUGUCUUCCAAAGUGUCAAAAUCCUCCUCUUAAGAUAUUAACCAGGAAUGGGAAUCCAAGAUGCUCAAUGCCUUGUAAGACCAGGCUCCAAAUGUGUCUGGAGAGUUUUCUGUAAAUCCCAGAUUGUGGUCCCUUUCAGAAAAACUUAUUCAUAGAGCUACCAGUGAUUUUAGCAUGUGUGUAUUGGUUGGGGUUCAGCUGUAGCUGAAACAGAAUAGAUCCAGC